AGUAAGCAGGGAAAACGUUCACCGUGAUGACUAGGCUUAAUAAGUUUGGAAAAAUAAGACAGGUUUUAGAAGAAGGGUUGAACGGGGAAAAUAUCUCUAAGCCUUUUUUUUUUUUCCCUGAUCAAAUAUCAACACAACGAGCAGCUAUGCUAGGCUGAUUUUCAUGUUUCACAUAGAUAAUUGUGUCCCUGUGUUCCUGUACAUGUUGUCACUCCAACUGUUUUUGAGCGAAGAUGUUUUGAUCUUUUGCCCUUGGAACAUCUUUGUACAGGGUUUAAGAAAGUAAUUCCUUUUUUUUUUUGUUUUUUACAGAUAUUUAUAUUAUUAGGGAUAUUUUUAGAUUUUUAUACAAGGUAAAACUCAGUUCUGUUUCCAGCUAGCUAUAAUAACCAACAUGCUUAUCAAGCUAGCUGGAGAAAGACAGUCAAAAAAGCUGACAAGAUUCCCCUGUAAAGCAUUUAAUUUUGUCACAUUAUAAAAAGAUGGUCCAAUUUCAUUUCCCCUAACAGCUUGUUGGCUCAGUGCAUCAUCAUCCUGUUUAUGCUAAUUCCAUAUGCAAAUAUUGUUUCUUUUUACAGUAAAUGGGCAAUUUUCUAACAGAGGUGACUUCCCUAAAAUAAUGAAAGAGGAACAAGAUUGAGGUGCAUGAUGCCUACAAAUUAUUUGCAGGUGCAAAUAUUUGGGGCACAUUUAAUAAUCAUUUGAUAAACCUGCUCUAAAAUUAUACUCUAAUGAUUUACUCAUAAUCUCUUUGUAGCUAGAGAAUUAAGCACUCUGCUCUUCAUGUUAGAACGUGUGUAGGAAAAUAAACCCCACCUCUAUGUCACUGAGGUGCUACAGCGUCAGACAUACCUUUCUUACUGUGACUAGACAUUUAGAAUUUAGAUUUAUGCUCUAACAUAUAUGUCAUAUGAAUGAAGAGAGCUCCUCCAGAGUGCAUCCAUUGUAAUUCUGUUCAUUUAUACAAGUAGAUUUUAUUCCAUCAAGUUUAUCAUAUCCAUCAAAUUCUUACAUUCCCUGUAAUUAUUGUUAAAAUGAGCUCAUUAACAGAAAAAAGCAUUUUUUCCAACAUCAUCUUCAGCAGCAGCUUAAUUUAUAUAGGGCCUUCCCAAGGCCAGUGUCACUGAACAAAUUAUACAACAAGGAUCACAUAACAUGAGACCCGAGUAACACUGAAUCAUUUAGAGGGCAAAGUAUGAACCUAACCACACAUGGCAUGCUCAUGCUAUAUGCAGAUUUAAAAAUAUUUCCAAUAAAACCACAGCAGAAGUGAAAAAGGGACAGGAAACGUGUCGCUUGUCUGUGCUAUUCUGUGCAGCCCGAGCUAUAUCUCCUUAUGCUCAUCACCAGCUGCUUCACAGUUCACACAUUGACUUCAUCCGAUAACAUCUCCCUGGUGGUCUUAAGAGGUCACAAACAGCAGUCAAAGAUUUAGAGAUACCUGACAGAUUCCAAAAUGUACCAUUUUGUGUGCUUCAUUCUGCUUGUGAGUCUGGAAGGACUAAAAGCACAAAACACAUCUUCAGUCACCACAAACGUAUCUACGACCUUGACUACAAAUGCUUCAACACAAACGACACCGGCCAUAACCUCAACUACGAUGACGACCACUCCACUCAGCAGUAGCAAACAAGUGUCAGAUCAGCCCUGUAAGGAAGCAGGCUGCCUAUUCAACCUCAAGGACAAAAAGGAAAUGGCACUAUGGUUGAUAAUUGCAUCCCUCUUGCUAACCUGCCUUUUGAUGCUGGUGAUCAUUACGUGCCUGGCCUGCAAACGCUGCCAAGGCACCAAGAACGACCAGCUGGUCGUGAUGAAAUCGUCCACAACCAGGAGAAACAGUGUAAAUGGCGGGCUUUCUGAAACUGAUAUAAUGUUGAAGGACUGCAGCUCAGUGAAAGUGGAGACUGAGACAAAUCCAGAUGAGCCACAGGAGCCAGAGGAGGUGGUCGAAGCAGCUGCCGAAGUCGGAAACCAGGUCUCCACCGAAGAGAACAAAAAUUCAACCAAUGACACCAGCGUGACCGCACCCACCCAAAAAGUCGACCAGUCUGGCGAAACAGAUCUGAAGAUGGAAGAUUUGGAAAAGGCAGAAUAGAAAUCAUCUUGGCAUCACCAAAACACACGCAGCUCUGACUGCCAGUGGAAUCAAAUUCAAAGCCAAAUUCUGUGUAUGUGUGUAGUUUUGCUUUUGUUUCUGGGCAACCAAUUUAUCAGAGCUUUGUGCCGAAGUUAGAGAUGACUUAAUGUAAUUGCUAACGUAACUGAAUAAUGUAUUGCUUAUGAAAAUAAUAAAUGACUCAAGCAAAUCACUGUUGAAAAUUCCACGUUCUGUUGCGAGUUGUAAUGCAUAGAGUCAAUAAAAAGUGUUGAAUAUUGAGCUGUGGCAAGCUCAACUGUAUACAGACACUCAACAAUGUGAUUUUUUUUUAAGUGCUUUUGAAAGUCAAGAAAUGGAUACAUAAAUAUAUCUCAAAAUGUCUUGUCUCUUUUUAAUCUGGUUCUGUAAUCUGGGCAAAAAUGAUGAUGAAUAUGUUAUCUAUGAUGAAGCAACUUUCAUUAAAAGCUGCAAAUGCAGAGAUGUAACUCCAAAUUUGAAUAAUGCCACUGGCUAGAUUUGGCAAGUUACAGUGUCAGGAGGCAGUGUCAGUAGUAGGCACACUCGUUCAGCAAAGGUACUUUAACUGACAGUGUAUUCUGUCUGAUGGAUUUUCCGCAGCUUCUCCAGUCCAGUUAUGUUCAGUUUUCUUUCUACUUUUCAAGGUGUCUGAUUGUAUUGCAGUGAGUUAACCUAUUAGUUGUGAUGUGCAUUAGCAAUGCUAAUAAGCUAAAAUAAAGUAAUGUCUAAAGACAACAGAUUUAGAGACUUUCUGAAUUUUCAUACUUUUCCAGAUCAAUAUAAGAAACUUGAACAUGACCUGGAAAGCCUUCAUACACUUAAAAGAAUGUCCCUAUUUCCCAUAAAUUUGGUGUGUGAGCAGGUCACUGUGGCCACAACAGAAAAAAACAUGCACUUGUAUUUGCGGGGUAUUUCUAUUCACCUGCAGGACAAUACCUCAUGAUCCUUAACCUUUACUCUAAAGUAAAAGGUAUUAUUUGUCUCUUGUAUUGUAGCAAAAAACCUGUAUUAUUAUGAGGAUAUUUGGUCCCAUCAAAGAGCUCCACACUCACCCAUACAAACUGAGAGGGGACCGGAUUAGUAAGCAGAGGACGUGGCACUGCUGGGCUGCACGGAAGAGCUCUUAAAGAAUUCCGCUUUUCUAAAAGAACAGCCGUCAGGAGACAAAGUACCAAUAAAAGGCCAUUCAAAACUUCCGUCCUGGGUUGUUCCUUUCUCUACUACACACAUACACAUGCAGGCACAUUUCCUUUUGUACGUUUACCUGCCUGCCAGCAUAAGAAUGUGAGGGGACUGCAAAUAACCAGUAAGCUAUAACUGUGCAUAGAAAUCAUGUUUGUUCUGUUCCAUUUAAACAAACGUGAGUUUACUGAUUGCUACAAAACGGGUGUAAAGGAUUUCCAAUUCAAAUUUCCAAUUCAAACAGCAAUUCAAAACAGGGCACUGGUCAAAAGUUGGAUGGUGAUGGUGACUGAAUGGAGCCGGGCAUCUCUGGUGCAAUCUUGAUUCUAAUUGGUCAAAACGUGUUGAUUAAUGUUCUAUAACAGCAGCUCUGAGAGUAGGGCUGGCUGCAAGGCAAAUGACAGGAAAAUAACAUUGUGCUCUAAUUCUAAUACAUUAUCAUUUCUACAGUAAUGCUAACUCACCGGGACUUGUUUGUCAAACGUUUUCAUAAUUUAAGGAAGGAGUCUCCAGUGUCAAUUCAGCUUCAGGAAAGAGAAGUUAUCAGUAAUAGGACAGGCUGCACUUUUGUCUUAUUACUUUCAAGAGAAAGGAAAAAAGAGAGACUGUUUUAUAUCUAUAACGUAAGUGAUAACCGGAACUAACUUGUUUUGUGGAUGUAAUUAUAAACAGAUAAAAACUACAUGUCAGUUGAGAGCAUCACAAGACUUUUUUUUUGUCAAAGGUUAGGUAUAACAAAAUUCCUAGAGCUGCCCUGUAUGCACAGAGAACAACUAAACCUCCAUCACAUUAAAGAAGUAGAGGUCGAAGCAAAUAACUUAGGGGAGAUGUGAUGUGGGAGGAUCUUAAAGUAGAAACAAUGAAGUCAGCAAUUUCUCUGCCUCUCCGCCAGCAUGCAAGCAGGGGCAACUCUGCACUUCUCUCUCCUUCUGCAACGCCCACCCUCCACUCCUCUUCCACUCUUCCAAACUCACACACACAUACGCACACAUCUUUCCGCUCCACUGACAGCACGAGUUCGGACUCUGUUGUUGCUGCAUUGGAUCAGCGCAGGUGCCUGUACAUCCUCUCACUGCACCACUGUGCCCAAGAACUGGAAUUAUCUUUUCUAAGACAAGACGGGAACAAAAUAACAGCUGCAGUUUAUAGUCUUGUAAAAGGAGGACAAAAGGGGGAGGGAAAGCAACUGGAGGGGCAAAGAAAUGACAGGCGAGAGAUGAAGAGAAGGUGUGCACUGAAGAUGCCUGAAGCUGCUCCACUGUCCUGUAUACUGCUGCUGCUGCUUUUGCCCAGGUGCGUCAAUGCAGCAUGUCCCUCGGUAUGUUCCUGUAGCGAAAGCGACAGAGAGGUGGACUGCUCCUGGAGAGGACUGAGAACCCUCCCCAGUGGCUUCCAGCUCAACAUCCACUCUCUCAACCUGUCCCACAACCGUCUGGCUGACCUGGACCAUGUCCUGGCCCCCUACACCCACCUCCGCACCUUGGAUGUCUCUCACAACCGACUUUCCCGCAUGCCUGCCUUGUUGCCCCGCUCACUGUGGGAGAUUUACGCCUCAGGCAACCGUAUCCGCCUUCUGGAAAAAAACGACACAGCAUACCACUGGAACCUGCGUCUACUGGAUUUGUCUGCAAACAGGCUGGAGCGUGUUGUGUUCAUCAACAAUACGCUACCCAGCCUGAAGGCUCUCAACCUUAGCUGCAACAAGUUCUGGACUGUGCCUACUAACAUGCCCCGAAACCUGGAGAUGGUAGAUCUGUCGCACAACACCUUGGUACAGAUCCUGCCUGGGUCGUUAGACCGCCUACCCAGGCUAUCACACUUCUACCUACAUGCCAAUCGCUUUUCCACAGUGUGUGAAGGUGCCUUCGAGAAACUUCAUGGAUUAAGACUUAUCACACUAGGAGACAACCCUUGGGCCUGUGAAGACGACUUCAACAUCAGGUAUCUGCUGGACUGGGCCAGACACACUUCAGCCAGUGUGCUGGGUUGCCUGUGCCACACAGGGUCAAUAUGUGGAGACGCUCAGCUUGCAAGGGUGACAUCAGGGUGGUACUUUGCCUCCUACACACUUGCUCCACAUGGUAGAGUGGGAUGGGAGUUCAAUCGUCUCCUGUCUGGUGUGACCACUCAUUACAGGUCGGAAGAAGUGCUCACUGGCACUGAGUACACCAGGAAAGCUCCAAAACACUCCAGUUAUCCAGAUGAAUCUUUUGGGCAUGGUUUUCUUUUGACCUCCACAGAAAGCCUUUCUGCUACAAGCCUGCAUAUCCCGACAGAUAUGCCAGUCACAGAGGAUCUCCUCACUACUGGUGGAGUCUCCACUUCAAGCACACGCAGGACAACCACUCUUCGCACUAGGAGUGUCAGAAGAACCAAUCAGAAGCUGGGAAGAAAUGCAAGUCCACAUAACACAGCACGGUCUAUGUUCACAGUCUCGCUAAGUGUGCUCUUUCUGAUAAUUACUGACCAUGUCAUGUGAGACACCUCUAUAGCUUUGCUUCCAUCAUGAUCUUUGUAAAAGUUCCAAAAACAUACCUGAUCGCAUCGCAUUUUCAAUAAUCUCCAUGCUCUGUAAAUGCUCCUGACUUCAAUUCUAUUAAUCUUACAAAUGAACUGUUUCUAUAUUAUUUAUUUGAAAAUGAAAAGUAAGAUCACAGUGACAACAUGAAUUUUUGAUUUGAAAAAUUAGUAGUUUCAGCAUUAGGUUUAAUCCAUGUCGGGAAAACUGACCUGCAUUUACAAAAGGAGAAGAUUCUGUACCAAACAGAACAGAGACCACACCGGGGAAAAUCAUGAAAUGCAAUACAGACAGUAAAGAUUUACAUUUGUAACAUGAGGACAAGGUUCACUUCAUCUUUAUCUUUUUAGUGAAAAAUUUUAGGGUGUAGGUUUUUAAAGAAUUAAACCCUGAAUUCCCCCAUCAACAGUGUGUUGCAGCCAUGUCAUACUGAUAUGCAAUCACUGUCCAAUCACGGCAAUAAGCUUAACUGAAAGUAUAAUUUCCGUGGAGGCGUAUUCCUCUUGUUGUAUUGCAUUUCACUUUUUCACAGUGUGGUUGAUUAUCUCCAUAGUUACACUCCGCUACAAAUAAAAAAACAACAACAACAUGGUAUCUCGGUUGCUAACUACUAUAAACUUUGCUUAUCUGAGAUUUCUCUGAUAAUGACUUGCACAUUGAUGUAGUUUACCGGCACGGCUGCUCUGGUUGUAUAGCUGUUGAAGAUUAAAUGAAGUUUGUUUUUAAAUUUGUGA